CCGGCCAGGGGCUGAGCUGAGUGGUUAAGGAUGCGAUCCGACCCGGCGGAGGGAGGGGUCCGGAAAUAGUCUUUCGCCUCUCGAGGGGCCCCUCUAGGCCCCGGGUGGUGGUCCGAACUCGAUGCUCUAACCUUUGAACUGACUCGGGAUGCUGAAGAUUAAGAUUCCAGACCUAGCUGUGAGCCUUGGUCUGGUCUCAGCUCUCUUAUUUUCGUCUUUAGUGCCUGGGAAAAUAUAUUCUCCUGUGAGUCACUGCUUUCUUGACAGAGAGGAAAACAAGACUUGGAGAGAAGAGGAGCAGGUAUGAAUUCUUUCCUCACCCCGCUUCUUCUCCACCUCCCCACCCCUCAGAUAGACAUACCACUUCCUGUAUAGCCUGACUGAAGCCACUGUCAACUUCCUCCCCUAGCAGAGGAAGUGGGGAGCUGAACCAGGUGCAGCGAGAAGACACCAGGACCAUGGACAAAGAAUAUGUGGGCUUUGCAGCCCUGCCCAGCCAGCUUCACAGAAAGUCUGUGAAAAAAGGAUUUGAUUUCACCCUCAUGGUGGCAGGCGAGUCAGGCCUGGGAAAGUCAACACUUAUCAACAGCCUCUUCCUUACUGACCUCUACAAGGACCGACUGAUACCUGAUGCCAAUGCUCGCCAGAACCAGACCCUGACCAUUGAGCGCAGAGGUGUGGAAAUUGAAGAGGGAGGAAUCAAAGUGAAGCUCACCUUGGUGGACACGCCAGGUUUUGGCGAUGCAGUGGACAAUGGAGACUGCUGGAUGCCUGUGGUUCGAUUCAUCGAGGAACAGUUUGAACAGUAUCUAAGGGAUGAGAGUGGCCUAAACAGGAAGAAUAUACAGGAUUCCAGGGUCCAUUGCUGCCUCUACUUCAUUUCUCCCUUUGGUCGAGGGCUUCGCCCCUUAGAUAUAGCAUUCCUCAGAGCUGUGCAUGAGAAGGUCAACAUCAUUCCUGUCAUUGGAAAAGCUGAUGCCCUGACUCCUAAGGAGACCCAGAUCCUCAAACAGAAGAUCCGGGAGCAGCUGGAGGAAGAGGAGAUCAACAUUUACCAGUUUCCAGACUGUGAUUCGGAUGAGGAUGAAGACUUCAAGAAGCAGGAUGCUGAGAUGAAAGAGAGCAUCCCUUUUGCUGUGAUUGGCUCCAGUGCUGUGGUGAGGGAUGGUGGCACCUGGGCAGUGAGGGGUCGGCUCUACCCCUGGGGAACAGCAGAGGUGGAAAAUCCUCAUCACUGUGACUUCCUCAACCUCCGACGGAUGCUGGUACAGACUCACUUACAGGACUUGAAGGAGGUGACUCACGAUCUGCUCUACGAAGGCUACCGAGCCCGUUGUCUCCAGAGCCUAGCCCGUCCUGGAGCCCGGGAACGGGCCAGUCGAAGCAAGUUGUCCCGACAGAGUGCCACGGAAAUACCCCUCCCAAUGCUGCCCUUGGCAGAUACAGAAAAACUUAUCAGAGAAAAGGAUGAGGAGCUUCGUCGGAUGCAGGAGAUGUUGGAGAAGAUGCAGGCGCAGAUGCAGCAGAGCCAAGGAGAGCAGUCAGAUGCCCUUUGAAUCUACAUCCUUCCUUUCACCCACUUUCCUUCUGUGCCCCAGGGACCUCUUUUAGGACCCAGGCCAAUUGCUCUGCUCUCACCUUCCUUGUCUCCCUCUCAAAUAUACCUGCCUGAGCUCCAAACCUUAGUUUAUCCCAGCUGACUUGGGCUCAUUUCCUUCCCCGCAGAGAUUUAGGAAUCCUACCUGCCUCCUUGCAGGACCUCCACCCAUCAUCUCCCUUUGCUUCCUCUAUCCCAUCUGAACUUGUGCUCCUUAGGCACCCCUCCCCAGGGCUCCUUCUGCUCCUUGUAAAGUCAGCCCCUUGUCUAAUGUCCAGGGUGCUCCGAGAUGGGCCCAUCUCACUCUUCACGACAAGCAUUUAUUAAGUACCCAAAAUCUUGAAAUAAAAGUUGUUUUCCUGCAGGG